GUGCAGCUGUUGAUUGUGGAGUGAGCCGCAGUCACUUGUGGUUCCGUCAAACCUUAGGCAUAAUUACUCCUGCUGGUACAGGAGAAAGAGACGACUUUCCUUUGGGCGACAAGAUAGAGUACUAACGGGAAAACGAUGAAAAAGAUCCGGCGAUGGCUGCUACUGUUUGCGGUCAUAAUAGCGCUGAUGGUCCGAGUGGACGGUUUGAAGGCAACGUCGUUGAUCUUCGGACGCGGUCCGGCCACCUCGUCGACGACCACGACCACCAGCACAACGACCGCCGCCACAUCGACGACAGAGGAAUCCGCCGAAGCAGAAGAUGAGGCCGUUGAUCAAGGCGAUGAUGCAGCCACGAAGGCUCCGCUCACCGGCAUACCGCAGGUCGAUUAUGUCUGGGAUCCAAAUUUACCUCGAGAACUGCGAGGAUACAAUUUGUCCAAUUAUCCCUUCCUGGAUUCGGUACCGUCGGAAGAGGACAUUGGUUUUAUGUGCGAUCCAAAGCUGUACGAUGGAUUUUACGCAUCGAUCAAGUACAACUGUCAGCUGUACCAUCACUGUAUACACGGCAUACGGUACGACUUCCUGUGCGCCAACUACACGGCCUUCGACCAGAAGACCUUCAUCUGCCAAUUUGCGUCGGAGGUGGACUGCAAGAACUCGCCCAAAUACUGGUUCCGAAAUGAGCCAUUGUAUAAAGCGACCACGACAACAACGGUGAAACCUCCGCCGACAACUUCGACAACAGCCCCCCCGACGACGGUUCCUACGCGACCGAAACCACUGCGCAAACCGGUCCGAAGAAGGCGUCCGCAGGUGGACUACUAUUACUACGACGAGGACUACGAGGAUGAUUACUACGAGGAGCGCAACCGACGUCGCAAGAAUCGUCCACGCAACCGACGCCCGCUGUACGAUGACUACGAGGAGGACGAGCGGUUUGAACGAGUGCGCUACCGGGAACGGGAACGGGAUCGCGACGAGGAAGAAGAUGAAUACGAGGAUCGUCGACCGUACCGGAUGAAGACGCGCACCCGCACCGGAGCUGAACGGCGGCCAGUGUUGGAGGAUGAUCGCCGGUACUACGACGAUCGGCGUCGUGAUCGACGCCCGGUGGCAGAUGAUCGCAGACGUCCGGCACCGUUGGAGGAUAUGGACGAUGGAAAACGUCCAGCGAUGAUGAGCGAACGAAGGCGCGUACCAAGACCAACGGCCGAUCGACGUCCAGCGGGUGACGAUCGUCGUUCGUUUCCGGCGGACGCCGAAAGUCGACGAGGAUCGGUAGCGGACGAGCGAAAGGUCCCUGCAAAGCGUCCAUUGUACGAUGACCGACGAUAUCAGGACGAGGAGGAGGACGAUUAUGACGCACCAGCUCCAUCGUCUUACGGUGGUGGUCGCCGUGCAUCGGACAAAGGUCGACAGCAGAACGAUGUGGUGACGGUGAAACCAUCCGGCUCGAGCAUUUACGAUCGUCCACGGGCCGCACCGCGCAUUAACCGUCCCGUUCCGCUGAACGAGAAGAGCAAGUACGCGUACGGCAACUCGGAUGCGCCGAAUGGACCGAAGACCUCGAAGAGUUCCACCACCGCAGCGCCAGCUGGCGGUGCGGAACCGGAGUACUAUGACGAGUACGAGGAGCUGCCGGCCCGGCGGGACGAUAAGCGUAAGGAAGCGGACGGUGGGAAGCCACCACGUCCGAGUGCGUCCUCGGAUGUAGUGUACUACGACGAUGUGAUUGUUGCGAAGGAAGACUUGCCACUCCGGUCGGCGCCGGGCAGUGUGCGCAAACCGGAGCAAACGGAGCGUAUCAAUAGCAGAGAUAAUUCGGAACUCGCCAAAGGUUCUCGUGGGAAUAUGAAACAUCAACAACAGCAGCAGCAGCAGCAGAUUGUGUCCAAACCGAACCGAAACGUGUUGCCGGAGAGUGUCGAUCAGGAGGAGGAAGAGGCGGAAUACGACCUGCCAGUAUCGCGUCCUUCCGUCAUUGCCCGACCGCAGGCGAAUCUAUACGGAAACUUCAAGUCGAAGAAACACCAACAGCAGCAGAGGGAGCAACCGUCGACCGAGAGCGCAAGCACUACUCGUGGUCCGCUACGUUCGACCAAGCGGCCGUUUCUACCGAGUCGGGGCGGCAAUCCUUACCUAGCGCGUGGCCUUCAACCGGUGGGUGUCGCAAAGCAGCCGCCCGUCGGGAAGUCACCCGAGCCGGAGAAACCGGCACCGUUUCGUAUCGAUAUCGAUGGCUCCACUACACCGCAGGCCGUGCCGGGGAAGCGCAACCAACAACAAGCUCCCGCGUCCUCCGUUCCACAGCAGCAGGAGGUGGUGAAUGUGAAGACACUCGAUCAGCUGUACGACGAUGAGUACGAUGUGACGCUGAACGAUGCGCUCAAUCCAACGCUGAAGCCGCUGACGCGCAGCGCACCGCAGAACUUCUUCCGCAACCGGUACGUGCACCAGCCGGACACGGAGUUCGUACCGUUCGAGCCGGCCUACGCACCGUCCGAGUUCCGCCGGGCAGCGGUUAGACCGCCGACGCCAUUGCUGUACCAUUCGCCGGUUGCCAUCGAGGCCGGUACGUCCGCUUCCUCGCAACGCCGGGGCGCACACGUGUUCGGUACGUACGAGUACUGAGCUGAUGGACAAUUCCUUCCGCGAACGACUCCUUCCCUGUCCGCACUCCCUCCCUUCCCGUUUAUCCCGCUGGAAAAGAUCUAAUUUAUUUUGAAACCCAUCUCCCAUGCCUAACCGAAUCCUUUCCACCAGACGUCAUUGCCACGUUUGGACAAAGUGCAGCGUUUGAAGGGACCUCUUGCGAUCCCACCUACUGCUAGGAGUGCUUCAUGGGAAAUGCAGUCGAAUGGAAACGGCACCACGUCGAUAGCGCACGUUGUCACUGAAUAUUUUUGUCAAUACUAAUGGAUGGAAAUACUCAAAACAUGUAAAGGUGAUAAUAUGUAGGGUGGAGCAGCAGAGCAAAACAGAUCGGACCAUUUAUCAAGCACAAAGCAGAGGGGAAAUUAAGAAAAAAACGCAUUAUGAAACGAAAAAGCUUCCACAAAACAAAAAAUGGUGUGAAGUGUGCAAUACUGCUGAAACAAUACGCAACACACGGCAUUGUAUAUCGAGAGAAAGCCGAGCGAAUAAGUAGUUGCUAAGCAAAUGAUGAACGUAACUAUAAGAUCGAAUGGUCAUAUAAAUGAGAGGUGAAAAGAAAACACAUUUGGCGCUGGAGAGCGAAUCGAAAAUUAAUGUACACAAUGACAAAUGACGAGUAAAGGCGUACACGGAUACGAUGCUAGUGGUACUACUGGAUGUAAUCAGUUCUUUUCUUUCGUCUUUUUUUGUAUCAAUCUGUGUAUGUAUAGAAAGGUGGCCCUCGAACUUUAUAGCGAACUCGUUGACUAAAUU